AUGGCGGAGUCCAAUGAUGUGCGAGCAUUAGAAAAAAUAUUUACAGAAGUUGAUGAGUCGCAAAUAAAGAUUAUCUUUUCUAAUCAAUGCAUAAAAGCCCAAGCAUUCUUAGUUGAUAAAUUAAAGAAGCAAACGAAACAACAAAAAGAAAUUUGCAGUUUUAUCAGUAGUGGAAAUGUAAAGUUGGAAGCUGAAAUAAAACUUGCUGAACAAGAAAUCAAGAAUCUUCUAAUUGCUCAUGAGACUAUAAAAUCUGCAAACAUAGAAAUGAGAAAAGAAUGGUUACUUAAGAAAGCAGAAAAAUUAGAAAUAAGGGAACGAAUUGAACUGGGCGAGAAAAAGUAUGAACAACUUUGGUUAACAAGUAAAAGUCGAUACGAAAACAUUCCUUAUGUUCAAAAAUGUCUUCAGGGUAAAAAUAGAAGUCAGUUAAUUCAAGUUAACAUAAAAAGUUUAAUGAGUGAAUCUGAAAGUCUUCAGAAAGAAAUUAAAAGAAAGAAAAACACAUUAUUGGAAAUGGACGAAAAAUUAAUAAUUGAUCUCGCAACAUUUUUAGUAAAGGAUAAGCCUAAAUUAUUAAAAACUAUACAUGAUAUGAGCAACGAAAUUGAAGAGUUGACAAAAGAAAUAAAUGUCUUAGAAGAAGAGGAAGCUAAGAUCAAUCCGUUUUCUAAACUAAGAGACACGAUAGAUAUACAGCAACGUCCGCAUAAAGAAAUAAAAGAGCAAACUAAAAAAAAUAUGGAUGACAAUUGGCCCAGUUUAUGUAAAAAUGAAAAUGAUGCAAUUGUGAUGCCAAGACUUCAACUUCUGGACGUCGACUUAGACAUCCUUAGUGUAAAAUUAGAUCAGAUCAAAAAAGUUGGUUUGUUGAGUUCUGAACAACAAAACGCUACAAUGAUAGAAGGAAUUAAAAAUAAACGUGAAAAUGAGAUAAGUGAUGAAUGUACUUCUUCAUAUUUCAAUAUUAAAAGGACUGAAUAUCAAGAAACUAAACAUAAAAAUUAUUCUGAUAAAAAAUUGAUCCAUAUUUUAGAUGAUGUUAGGCUUGAGAAAGAUCAUACCCUGAAUAUAAUUUCAAAAGUUAAUCGUAAUCAACUUCAUAAUGUUGAUUUCAUAAGAUCUGAAAUAACUGGAGAACCUAAUGAGAUAAUAAGUAAAAAAUCUGAUGAUAAGGUGAGUGAACAAUUGGAGAUGGAGGUAUGUGAAGAAGUCAACUGUAAUAAAGAAGGAGGAGAAAUCCUUGUGCCACCUACACAGUUUAUAGAUGAAAUUAAGAAUUCACAAGACAAGAAAAAAGUCUCAUUUGAUUUGUCAAUGGAAAUAAAUCCAAUUGACUGUCAAGGAGUUGAAGACCAGUCAAAUAAUGAAAACAUUGACGACAGUAAAAAUAAUGAAACUUUGACAAGCCAAGGCGAUUUGAGUUCCAUUACUGAAGAAGACUUUGGUAAAAUAAAAGACAAAAUAUUAAAACAACAUAAUUUAGAUUUGUCACCACAGUUUGUAUAUACUAAGCGUUCUAUCACACAUAAGAUGAUGGAAGAUAAAGAUAAAAUUAUAACAUCUAAAUUCUUUGACCAGCAGAGUAGUAAAAUUUGUGAACCUAGUUUAGAAUCUGAAAAGGAUAAUAAUGAUAAAAACAAAAAAGACAUCAAUAAAGAGGAUAAUGAAUCCACACAGCAACAAGACAAUAAUUGUAGCAAUUAUUUGGAUACAAAUGUGGGAAAAAUUAAGAUGUCAAGUCCAAAGAUCCAUCAAGAAAUUGAAAAACCUAUAACUGGAUUUCUGUUCAACCAUGGAUCCCAAGGGAUACCUGAUUCCCUAAAUUUGUCAGAAAGUACUACUGGAUUUGAAGAGGGUGAUGGAGAUUUUCCACAUUGCAUUGAUUCUAGUGUCUUGUUAUCACCAAAAGCUGAUGUGCCAAUGGAAGUAGCUGAUGAUAAUAAUAUACCAGUAACCUCACAAGAGGUACCUAAUUUUAUGUCAGGUGUACGUAAAACAGGAAUUUCAUUUUUUGGAUGGUCGUCAGCUGAAACUAAGCCAGAUUCCAAUUUUCAAAAUACAGGUGGGAACUUCAACUUUAACUUUAGUGGUGAAGAGAAGAAGAAUAGAGGAGGAUUGUUUAGUAUGUUCCGUUAA